AAGUACGAUUCGUGAGGAAAUUCGUAAUGUAUGAUGAAUGACGAAGGAACUUUAAUUAUUGAUGUAGAGUCGUUGUUAGGGUAGCAAAUAUCUAAACAGCCAUAUCACGGCGGGGAAAUUACAAUAACAGACGGAGUGUUAGUGUUUAAUAGUUUAAUAUAUCGUUUGGGAUUCAGUACUGUUCUGGAUUAUAACGUGUUAUCACGUGAACGUUCUCACUUCUAUAAUAAAGUAGCUACACACCGAACAGAGUAUUCACAGUGGACUAACAGGGAAGGAAUAUCUAUGUGUAUAAGGUAUUUUACAGUAAAUGGGUUAUAGGGAAACACAACCUCCCUCCAUUAUGGGCGACAGUCGAAAAGGAUUUUAUGACAUAACUUUCGCGAAGAUGGCAUCUUCUGCUAGACGUAAAAAGAAACAUGUGCGCCCUGUGGUGAAGUUUCGACGGAUAGCUCGUCUGGCUGUUAUAUGUUGCAGACUAUGUCAAGAAAGCCGGGACAGUGUGAAUGCAUCAAAGGCGGAGUACCUGUCGGUCAUUCAGGUGUCCCAGGACUACGCCCAGCUGGAUAGAGGCGGACUGUUCUUCGACCCUAGUGAAUUCAAAGCCAACAAACAGAUACGCAUGCCACAAGAAGCCAAGCGAAUUUUGCAUGACAAUCCCCGUAAAAGAACAAAGAAGGAUAUUGAAUAUCUUCGUAUCGUUCUGAGAGGAAUCAAAGCCUUUGCUGAAUAUCCAAAGAAAAUGCAGCGACAACUCUGUCAUGUCGGCUGGUUUGAAUCGUACGAGCCGAGACGUGCAAUCAUUCGACAAGGGCACCGCCCCCAAUCAUUUUACUUCAUUCUUAAUGGAACAGUAAUCGUUACGGCAUUUGAUAAAGACAAUGGUGGUACCAAAUUAUUGGUUAGUCUGCACAGAGGCAUGUCAUUCGGGGAACUAGCUGUGAUCUCCCAGAGUAGGAGACAAGCCACAGUCAGCACACAGACUGCUACAGAGCUACUCUGUAUAUCAGGCGAGGAUUUUGAAGAUAUAUUUAUGGCGGGUGGUAAAAAGACUGUGACUGACUCCGAUCACAACACCUUCAUUAAGAAUAUUCGAUUUCUCAAGAACUGGCCUGUUCACCUGCUUGCCCAAAACCCGAAAGCAUGCAUGUUCCAUUAUUUCAACCGUGGUCAAGUGCUUGUCCGUGACAGUAACCAUUCGGAAUGGAUCUAUAUUGUAAAAUCAGGAAGCUUGUCAGUAUUAAAGAAGCUGAAGGAGGUACUGCCACAAACAGAAGAAGAGAUCAUGUCGUCACAUCCUAACAAUAAAAGAAAAAAGGAACGAAAACGACAACCAUACGGAACCUGGCAACGGCGAUCAUAUCAAAAGAGGCAGAGGAGUCUUACACUAUCUUCUAGGGGAUCUGAAUCGGGCUCCGCAGAAUCCAGGAAGGGAUGGGAGUCAGAACCUGAAGUGUACAAAUCCCAAUAUGAUAUGGAGAGGCGACUGGAACGGAGCCUUCCAGGUCUAAACAAUCCAAGUGAGAGAUUGGGCGUCCUUAAUUACGAUACCAUCAUUAACAAACAUAAGGCAAGGAUCACUGCCAGCAAGCGUUUGAAUGAAGAUGAAGACGAUUUCAGAUUACCUCCCUUACCUAAUGAUGACGCUCCGUCUAAGGAAAAUCAUGAGAAAGAUGAAGAGGACUCUGAAAUAAGUAGCCAAAAAGUGCGGCUACCAAAUAUACGGAAAACAUCAAAGGGAGCGUACCUGUCCUCUGGCAAGCCUAAUAGGAAAAUCAGCAGAAAGGAACAGGAACAAAAUAUUCAAGAGGAAAUUCAUAAAAGAGAGGAAGAAUUAUGGAGGAAAAAGGCAACACAGGAAGAAGGCAGAAAAACCAUAGCUGAGGAGUUCGACAACAAACCACUGACAGAUUAUAAACUCACGGAGGCUGAUCUUCACCCAAUGUUUAUUCUAGUCAAAGUCCUGGAAAGGGGACAAUACUUCGGUGUUCACAGUGUAAUCGGAACAGAGAAACAGACGUCAUUUAGCGUGGUCAGUAACGGUGCUGAAUGUAUAAUGAUCUCAAAGAAAUUUUUCAAGGAAAAAUCCACGGACGCCGUCAGACGAAAUCUUGAAGAAUGCGAAAGCCGGUUUCCCUCUGACGAGGCCCUGCAAAAAUCUCUCCAGAGCUAUGUUAACUGGCAGGCAGACAGGAAGAAAAUGUACCUCAGCGUCGUGAACGAUAAACAGAAAAGAAAAGAAAAACGACGCCAAUACUUGCCGCAAUACACUGGUCAAUAUUGCUUUCGAACAGGCCCUGUAUGAUUAGGUAAUUUGUUGUAAGCAGAAUUUUUAACCAAAGAUACGAAAGAUAAGUAUGAUUCAUUUUGAUAUAGACAGAAGUGUUAUAGAAGAACACAGCUUCGGAAUGUAAUACAGACAACAGUAAUUUAACAAUGACAUAGAGGUAAUUAAACGUGAAAAAUGGCCUGCUGGGCACUGGUCCGGAACUGGCUUCUAUUGAUUAAGUCACAGGACAAUAACGAAAAUGGGGCCAACUCGAACAAGGUCAAUGAAAAAGAAAUAAAUAAUGCUUGUUAUUUUGAAGGUGCUUCAGUACAUUGUUUUAUACAGUGACAUACACACUUACAUCGAAGUGACAGGUUAUUAAAGAAGUUCGUUCUUCGUAGACAAUCUAACGUUAUUGAAGAGAUAUAUCAUAUAGACAGAAGAGGUCAUGUCACUUAGUAGAUAAGAUUUAGGGAGAUAAAUGCAUUUAUAUUCACGAAAAUACCAACAAGUCAAAUCACAAGGGAUCAAGACAGAGGAAGAUAUCCCUAGAACAACAUAUGGAUUUGAAACACUAAAUACAUUGUAUAAUGUGGGACUUGAUAUGCAUGGAAACAAAAAUAAGUGCAUCCUGUAACGACCAGCAGAGAAUUACGUUGGUCUGAUAAUUGAUUCCGGAGAUGAAAAGUAGUAGAUUUGGUCUUAGGACAUUAUGUUUAGCAAUGUAUCCAGUGAUUAAACAAAACUUAAAUGUUAUAGCAGAAAUGUAGUAACUAAUACGAAUUGGGCAUACUCUGUGUUAUCUGUUGUACUUAACAUAUAUGAUAUUUGAACAUUACACAUUAGUAUGAUAUUGUGGUUCUCAAAAAUAAUAUGGAUAGUUCUCCCACAUUUGUAUGUACCGUCAAAGAGAUUUAGAAAAUAUACUUUUUUAUGAAAUCAUUUGGAUAAUUAUUUCCUUUGUCAUAUAUGUCAUAUAAAAUAACAAUGACGUCAGUCUUCGACACACAACAGACUGAGGGGCUGCCGUUGAUCAGUAUGUUACAUUUCAAUUUUGAUAUAAUUCAUGCAUAUUUGUCGAGGGUUACUUCACAGAUUAAAACGUCAGUUACGUUUGGUUGAUUUAAUACUACUUUAAUAUAAACAAUCGCUGGAC